AUGGGCAGCCCUCCCGACUCUUACACCCCCACCGACGAGAAGCUCGCCGACUUCAAGGUCGACGUCUCGCACCAUGACAACGAGCAUGACAUUCGUCACAUCAUGGAGACGUCCGACAUCCCGCGUUGGAGCAAGUCGAGCAUCCAACUAUACGUCGCAAUCUUCUGUGCAUGCUGCUGUGCCUUUGCGAACGGCUACGACGGCUCGCUCAUGACCGCCAUCGAGGCCAUGCCGCACUUCCAGAAGACCUUUGGUGUCGGCACCACUGGCCCGAUCAUCAGCGUGAUCUUCUCCAUGUACACCGUCGGCUCGAUGCUCUUCGCCCCUGUGGGGGCUGUGGUUUCCGACCGCUACGGACGCCGUGUGUGCAUGGCUGCUGGUGCGGCGACUGUCAUUUUGGGCAUGGUCGUCAUGGCGCCGUCCAAGCACAUUGCCCAAUUCAUCGUUGGCAGGUUUAUCCUCGGUGCAGGAAUUGCCAUGUGUGUGGUGGCUGCUCCUGCCUACAGCAUGGAAAUCGCCCCUCCCCAGUGGCGUGGCCGUGCGACCGGUAUCUACAAUUGCGGCUGGUUUGGAGGCAGUAUCCCCGCCUCGCUCAUCUGCUUCGGCACAAACUACAUCGACUCGAACAUGUCGUGGCGCAUCCCCGUCAUCCUGCAGGCCGCGCUCGCGCUCCUCGUCAUCAUUUUGGCGCCGUUUAUCCCCGAGUCGCCGCGCUUCCUCAUGGCACAGGGCCGCGAGGAGGAGGCACGCGAGUUCUUGAUCAAGUACCACGGCAACGGCAACCCCGACUCUGCGCUCGUCAACUUUGAGAUCAAGGAAAUGAAGGCGAGCAUCGACUUGGACGGCAUCGACAAGCGCUGGUGGGACUACCGCCCCCUGUUCCUCAGCCGCGGCGGCCGUUGGCGUAUGUCGCAGGUCCUCAUGAUCUCCAUCUUUGGCCAGUUCUCAGGCAACGGCCUGGGCUACUUCAACACGGUCAUCUUCUCCAACAUUGGCGUCAAGUCUGUGCCCCAGCAGCUGGGUUACAAUGUCCUGAACCAGGCCAUUUCGGCGACAUGUGCCCUCACUGCUGCGACGCUCACCGACCGUAUGCCACGUCGGUUCAUCCUCCCGCUCGGCACGCUCCUGUGUGCCGUGUUCCUCGGCAUCAACUCUGGUCUCUCGGCCGUGCUCGACAACCAGACUAAGAAGGACAGUGCCAACAUUUCCAAGGCGGUCGGCCAGGGCGCCCUCGCCGCGUACUUCCUGUUCAACUGCAUCUUCUCCUUCACCUACACGCCUCUCCAGGGUGUGGUGCCGGUCGAGUCACUGACUACGACAAUGCGCGCAAAGGGCCUCGCUCUGUCCGGCUUCAUGGUCUCGGGCAUUGGCUUCAUCAACCUCUUCGCCGGCCCCAUCGGCCUCCACAACCUCGGCUACAAGUACAUCUACGUGUUCGUCGGCUGGGACGUGUUCGAGGCCAUCAUGUGGUACUUCUUUGCUGUUGAGUCGUGCGGACGCACGCUCGAGGAGCUUGACUGGAUCUAUGAGCAGCCGAACCCGGUGCGCGCUUCCAAGGAUGUCGCCGCGGGCCGCAAGAAGAUUGUUGUGCAGGACGGUGGAUUCACGGCCUAG